AUGCCUUUUCAGAGUUUAGAACCCACAAUAGAUAAAAGGCAAAGAACAACCUCCAUUGGAUAUGACGCGGAAAAAUCUCUUCAGACAUGCAACUUGCGUUUUCCGAUAGAAAAUGGGCGUAUCACAAACUGGGAUGAUAUGGAACUUGUCUGGGAUCACGCAUUUAAAAGAAUAAAGCUCUCAGACAAAAGAAUUCUCAUGACUGCGGAUCCGGACGAAGUAAACAGAAAACAAUUAUUGGAAAAGUUUUUCAAUAAAUAUUCUCCUGCUGCCGUUUUGCUUGCCAAUCAGGCCGUUCUUUCCCUUUUUGCUUCCGGUCGAUCGACAGGCGUAGUAAUCAAUUUUGGGGAGGGCACAUCUCACGUCGUUCCAAUCUAUGAAAAUUCUGUAAUAAAACAAUUUGUCCAAAAAUGGGAUAACAAUGGAAAGGCACUUACAGAAAAGCUGAAGAAAACGUUAGAACAGGCUGGUUUCAGGCCAUCAUACAUUCUUGCGAAAGAGAUAAAAGAAAAAUAUUGUUACGUAGCACUUGAUCCUCAAGAAGAAAUAAAGAGCUUCACUCCUAAAUCGCACGAUCUAUCUGAUGGGCAACGAAUUGAAAUUGGUCUGGAAGCAUUUCGAUGCCCUGAAGUACUUUUCCAAGAAUACAGCAUAGACAAAGUUAUCCUUGACACCGUAAGGAAAUGCGAUAGCGGCAUACAGAAGACUUUAUUUGCAAAUAUCGUACUUACAGGGGGAUCCACUCUGCUUCGUGGGUUUUCUGAGAGACUGAAAAAAGAAAUAGAACAACAGGCUGAAGCAAACGUAGAAAUUAUUCGUCUUGAUGAUUGUACCUUGUCUGCGUGGAAGGGUGGAUGUAAGAUCGUUUCUGAAAAACUGUUUUCGGAAAAAUGGAUCACUAAAGACGAGUUUGAGUCAGGGGCGGACACACUCCUUUCAAAGUAUAUUUACUCAAUAUAA